CAACACAUGCACAUACUGUACACACGCUCACGAACAGAGGGACACACACACACACACACAUAGACGCCCAGUGGAAAGAGAGAUAAGCUGUGGUGUAAGUAACGAAUUUCUACGGCAAAAAUUGUGAGAAGAUUCGUGCUUGUACUUGGUAGCAAUACACUCCUUGUUAUUGUGUCUCCUAUAUAUGGCCUCAUUCUACUGUAAAUGAUCAUUUAUCUACAUUUUUGAUUCCGCGCGUCCAAGGAUAAGAUCAUCACCAGUGUUACAUACAUUUGAGCAACAAGGCUGGUGAAGUCAUGACGUUCGACGUCAUUAACAGCAAAUACCGAACGGCCUGACGGCAUGCUUAGUAUAGGAUAGAUAGGUAUUAUUUGUGGAAGAUAGUAGAUGUCAUGCAGUCGCCCGACGAAUAGCACACCCUCACGGAACUCGUCAAGAGCACCAAACCUCUUGAGUUAGAUAUAGGGAUGCGAUCGCUCCCUUCUAGUUGCUUGUGUUUAUGUUCGUCAACUGUUUGUUGUCUCAAAAACAUCACUCCCUUCUCCCUUGCGGGCAAUCGAGAUGCAAACACGGUCCAACGUAGCAAACUUAUGUAGAACCUCCUUACUAGAUAAAUAGGACAGAGCUUUGGAUUCAUUCAAGAUGGACACGAUGAAGACCAUCUCCGCUUUCUCCAGAUACUUGCUGUUUUGGGACCACCAUCACCACCACCGCUACUCCAAAACCUACGAGAACAGUCGUCCCUCGCAUACUGGAUUUGAUUCGAUGGAUUCAAACGCCUCGACGCGCCCCGCUUAUCUGGAUAAGCCUGCGCAGCUGAUUUACGCUCACAACGUGAGCGAUAAGAAACUAAUCAAUUUGCUGAACUUCAAGUUUGGGAGUAGUUACCGGCUAGAGACAAUAUCGGAUAUCUAUCACUUGUACGCGGAUUCCAGGCUCACCGAGGCAGAAAUCAUGUCCUGUAUGUAUAGUACGGGAGCAGCACAGCAGUAAUGAGGGAUUGAGGCGUUCCGAUUCUUUCCGUGUGCUACGGCUGUGCCCAGGAGCUAUUUUAUGAGCGGUGGCUGUCAUGUCGGCGACAACUCUGGGAUUGAUGGGGUGUCCGGGCGGUGUUGGGAAUGCUGUGCACGGGGAGCAAUCAUAUUUCCUCUUGAAAUGACACGUCUUGGUCAUUUGUGUAGCGGGAGCUGAGCAGAUUUUGCGCUGGUCGCCUGAGCUACUAGAACAUCGUACGUGCUUUGCGUUGCGAACACGUAACGUUGACCUUCGCACUACGCGAUCGGGAGAGAUAGUUCAGCAAAUAUAUCGGCUGACGCAUUUUGAGCUCUUGUUCAUGUCCGGUCUCAGAGUCCUCACUGUCUCGGCGUUGACAGUCUUCGAUAUAGUACUGAGCGCUGACGCUUACUGUCUCAGUAGCCUAAGCGGGUUCGUGUGUUGGUCACCGUUUCAACUUGUAAGACAUGAUGCGAAUGAUCGAUGCGCUAAGCACUGCCCACCGUAUGUGAGAGAACUAUUGAAUUAAUUAAUGAGGACGAUUGCUUCAAUUGAACCUUUUCACCCAAGAAUAAGA